UGAACCCCUCUUCGAGUUUCAACUUUCAUCUUUCUCAUGGCUUCUUCUGUUAACUUCUCCUCUUGUCAAUUCAACAGUUUUCUCUCCCGUUCUCCUCGAUUGAAGUAUUCUUCCUUCCCUUCUCGUCAGUUGAAGUGUUUUCACUCCCCUCCUCGUUCUUCCUUCGUCACAACAGUUUUCCCUUGUCGUCAAUUGAAGUAUCCUUUCUCCCCUUCUUGUCAAUUGAAGGAUUCUUCAUCCUCUUCUCUUCAGUUGAAGGAUUCUUCCUCUUCUCGUCAAUGGAAGUAUCAAGUUUUCUUGAGCUUCAGAUUUGAAACACGCCGUAACUUCACCAGCCAACUACUCCAAGCUUUGAAAGACACCGGAAUGAAUGUCUUCUUCGACGAAGAAAAACUUGAAAAAGGGGAGCAAUUUUUAGGACAACUUACCCAAUCAAUUGAAGUCUCAAAUCUCUCAAUAAUCAUUUUGUCUGCCGACUAUGCUUCUUCGGAUGUAUGCUUAACAGAACUCUCUCAGAUCAUGGAUCUCAAGCGCAAUCAAGGACAUAUUGUUCUUCCCAUCUUCUUCCAUGUUGAUCCCUCCGAUGUGCAAAAUAUAAGUGGUACUUUCCAAAAAUCCUUUGACGCCCAUGAAACGAAGCAACCACCACAAGGUGGCGAAGAGAAAUUGAAGCAGUGGAAAUUGAAGCAGCAGAAAGUGAAGCAGUGGAAAGCUGACUUGGCUCAAGUCGGAACAUUAAAAGGAGUUCAUAUAACAGGGGACAGACCUGAGACUGAGCACAUCGAGCAUAUUGUUGAAUGUGCUAUAAAAAAGUUGAUGAAGCAUCAGGUUUUCUUGAGCUUUGGUGAGGACACACGCCUCAACUUCAGCAGUCAUCUUCUCAAAGCUCUGGAAGACACCGGAAUCAAUGUCAUCUCGGAUGACCAGACAGAGAUUGAAAUCUCUCAAGCAAUUGCAGCCUCAAACCUCUCAAUAGUCGUUUUAUCUAAAGACUAUGCUGUUUCGGAAUCAUGCCUAGCCGAACUUUCCUGUAUCAUGGCUCGCCAGCGCACUCAGAAACAUAUUGUUGUGCCCAUCUUUUACCAUGUUAAACCUGAUGUGCUGAAACUUGGUGGGAAUGAGAACUUAGGUGAGGUUGCUGGCUUACAAGGGUGGCCUAUAGAAGGAGGCUAUUCUGAUAGACCUGAAACUGAACACAUUAAAGUUGUCGUUCGAGAUGUCAUAAAAAAGUUGAAUCGCAAAUCUAGAAGCGUUUCAGAUGAUUUGAUUGGAAUAGAUGACCAAAAAGAAACGAUUUUGAGACUGAUUGACCAAGAAAAAAAUCGUGUAAUAGGACUUUGGGGGAUGGAUGGCAUAGGCAAAACUACCCUUGUUGAUGCUGUUUACAAUGAAAUCUCCUUAGAGUUUGAGAGUCGUUGCUUCGUUCAUAAUGUUAGAAGGCAAAUAGAAGAUAAAGGGAUGUUUUCAGUAAGAAAUGAACUUCUCUCCAAACUACUAGGGAACGAAACUGAUAUAGACACCCCCUCCAUAGGAUGCCCUGUAACCCAAGAGAGGCUCAAUAAUAUAAAAUCAAUUGUCGUGCUUGAUAAUGUUAAUGACCCAGAGCAUAUAAAUCUUAUGGGUGUGAAAUAUUUUGGUGAGGGAAGUAAAAUUAUUAUUACGUCCAGUGAUAGACAAGUGCUUAAGAAUGGAGGAGCUGACGAAAUAUAUAAGGUGAAAAAGCUAAAUGACAAGGACUCUCUUCAAUUAUUUUCUAGAUUUGCAUUUAAGCAGUCGAAUUCUCCUCCUGCUGGUUUUCCAUAUUGGAACAAGAUUUCGCGGUAUGCCGGAGGGAAUCCAUAUGUUCUUAAAGUUUUGGGUUCUAAACUUCAUACAAUUCCUGAAAAAGAGUGGGGAGGAGAGGUGAAUAAGCUAAGGAAAUAUCCCCAACCAAAAAUUUUACAGGUUUCGAUGAGUAGUUUUGAUGAUUUAGAUGAAAUAGAGAAGGAUAUAUUUCUUGAUAUAUCAUGCUUCUUUAAAGGGGAAGACAGAGAAGAAGUAGAAGAAAUUCUAAGUUGCUUGUACGAGGGUACAGUGUCUGGAAUAAACACCUUGCUCAACAAGUGCCUACUUGAUAUCGAUUCUUGUAGGAGGAUUUCUAUGCAUGAUAUGCUUGAAGAGAUGGGUAAGGACAAGGUUCGCCAAGAAUCUAAAGACCCGGAAAAGCGAAGUAGGUUAUGGGAUUUCAAAGAAGUGAAUCAAGUGCUCAGAUAUAAUAAAGAGAAUACAUCAAUUGAAGGAAUAAAGUUCCACAGCAAAAUAAAUAAAGACCCUCUAUUAUCAUGUCCUCACGGUUUUGAGCACAUGAUUAACCUUAGAUACAUCAACUUCUGUGCUGAUCUUUCGAUGUCCAAGAAUAAUAGAGUUGAUAGUAUAUCUCUUCCUGAUGAGCUAAAAUAUCUAUGUUGGGCGUUUUACCCCUUCAAAUCCUUAUCACCAAGUUUCAAUCCGAAGAAUCUUGUUGUGUUGAAGUUAAAAUUUGGCUAUAUGGAACAACUUUGGAAUGAAGAUCAUCAGGAUCUUGUUAAUAUAAGGUCAAUUGACCUUUCUUAUUGCAAAAAACUAAGGACGAUCCCUAAUUUAUCGGGAGCCAUCAACCUUCAAAUCCUUGACUGUCACGAGUGUGAAAGUUUGAUUGAACUACUCUGCCUCGGUCGUUUGCCAUCUCUUGAAAGAUUUGACCUUUAUGGUUGCAAGAAUUUAAGGAAUAUACCUAAUCUAUUAGGAGCCAUCAACCUUAAAAGUCUUGACUGUAGCUGGUACGAAAAUUUGGUUGAACUACCUUACCUUAGUCAUUUGGCAUCUCUCGAAAACCUUAACCUUUCUCAUUGCAAGAAUUUAAGGAAGAUCCCUGAUCUAUCAGGAACCAUCAACCUUAAAAGCCUUGAUUGUACCUGGUGUGAAAGUUUGGUUGAACUACCCUGCCUCAGUCAUUUGACCUCUCUUGAAAGAAUUAAUCUUCGUGGUUGCAAGAAUUUAAGGAACAUACCUAAUUUAUUAGGAGCCAUCAACCUUAAAAGUCUUGACUGUAGCCGGUGUGAAAGUUUAGUUGAACUACCCUGCCUCAGUCAUUUGACCUCUCUCGAAAGCCUUAACCUCUAUGGUUGCAUGAAUUUAAGGAAGAUCUCUAGUCUAUCAGGAACCACCAACCUUAAUAGCCUUGAUUGUAGCUGGUGUGAAAGUUUGGUUGAACUUCCUGAGCUCCCAAAUAGCAUUACUAAGUUAGACCUAUCACGCUCUAGAACAGAAGUGGCUGAUUCCAUUCAGCAUCUUGUCAGACUUAGAAAGUUGAUUUUGAGUCACUCAAGGGUGGAAAAUGUAUUGAGCAAUUUUUCAAAGUUAGAAUCCCUUCUUGUGUUGGAUGUUGAUCAUUGCGAAAGCCUUAAGACACUACUAGAGAUUCCACGAUAUCUGUGGUUCUUGGAUGCAACUAACUGCAGGUCAUUAGAAAAAGUAUGCUUCACUGAUCAUAAUUUGAAUUCAUUCCAUUCUUUACAUGAUGGUGAUGAUGCUCCUCAUAGGGAAAACGUUUCCAUGCUAUUCUCCAACUGUAGAAGCUUGAAUCAAGAAUCAAUUGAGAAUAUUGCAGCAAAUGCCAUGCUUCAAAUUCAUUCCCUUGCACAGAGAUGGAUGAGGAAAGGGAUAUCCCGAGAGGAAUAUAAACAGGAUUGUUUGUUUUGUUGUUUCCCAGGAAAUGAAGUUCCAGAGAGUGUGUUUUAUUAUAGAAGCAUCAAUUAUUCGUUAAAUUUGAAGAUACCCCCAAAUGGGUUUAGUGGGAGCAGAUUCUUGGCCUUUGCUAUCUGCCUUGUGGCUGAUCUCACAUAUGUGAAACGAGAUCCUGAAUUUAUCUGUAAAUACCAACUGACAGCCGCCAGUGGUGAAAAGUUCACAAGUGAGUGCCAUGUUUUUGAGAGAUGGCACGGGAUGAAAAGUUAUGACGCUUGUCCUGAGUGGUAUGGCGAGAUCUGCAGUUGCAGGGGUGAUCAUGUGUUCAUUCUGUUUAAUCAAGAUAUGAUUAUACUUGACAAUAAUUACGAAGAGGCAUCAUUUGAAUUCGACAUGUAUAAACGAUAUAAAGUGAAGGAAUGUGGUGUUGAUAUAUUUUACAUGGAUGCUGGGAAUUAUACCAUGAUGAGACAGGACAAAUCCAACCAGAAUUCUGGUUCUCAAGAAGAUGCUAAUAUUGAGGGAGCCAAUGAAGGUUCUGCUACUGAAAUAAGAUCUGGGAAUGAAAGAAGAUUUGGCAGUGAUGGUGAAAUAGGUGAUGGAGGGCCUAAAACAUUGAAAUAGUUCCACUUCCUUCAGUCUUUGGGUAUGCUACUUGUCAAUAAUGUCAUCCAAAUGCGUAGGCGGAGUUUGUUUUCAAGGGCAUCAUUUGACUGAUUCUAUCGUCAUGGAAGAUUUGUUAGCUUUUGUCAUUCCUGUUAUGCUGCCUUUAUCACAUGCACGGAGACGGCACUUCUUACAUGUUUCAAGUACCCGAAACAUCCUCUGAACGGGGACGUACCGGGGAUGUGCCACGGUGGCGGGUACAGCUGGCCAAGCUCGGGGACGGGUCAACCCAAUUCUGAGGUGCCCUUUGCUUGUUCGUACCAGGGUUUAACAGGGCCAAGCAAGUAAGGCCUAGAAAAGAAGCAACGAUGAUGGAGAAUAAUAAAUUAAUAAUAAUGUGAUAUCAAAAACAGUCUCCGUGGAAAAGUUUGAAUGCGGAUCCUGGGCUUCAUCAACAAUAAUUCUUAUUUUGAUUGAACUUUUUUUUAUCGAAACAGUGUGCUUAGUCCGAUUAAUUUCC